UCUUACUUGUUUAACGAUUGCAGUCAAACCACUGUUAACCGUCGUCGGAGUCGAAUGUUCGUCCAGGAUAGACUUGUGCCAAAUUAUAAUUAUUAACUUUAACUCUUAAAAAACCGUCCGUUUGUUAAUAAUUUUGUUUUUCUUCUUUUUUUUUAACUUACUCGUUUCGUGGGUAAGUUUGAGGCAAGAUUAAGUGAGAUUAAUACAAAAGUUUAAGUGAAAAUAGAAAACAAAAUUAGCUGAAAUGAUUGUUAAUUAACAUAAAAAGUGCUAAGAUAUACCGUUAUAAUUAAAAGCCCAUAACAAAUUUAUUAUAUGAUCAUCAUAUGAUUCUUUCAAAAGUGAUUGUGAAUUAAAAUUAAAAAAAAGUGAAUUGAUGAAAAGUUCGUAAUUUAACAACAACAAAAAUUGAAACUUAAAAUUAAACAUCUGCAGUUUUAAGGAAACAGAAGAGCAUCAAGAGAAACUAAAAGAAUGACGCCGCUUAGUAGCGCUGGAUUGUUGCUCCUACUUUGUGUCGGCGGAACAUUCACUGCAGAUAUUUUCAUGGCGACGAUGGGUGGAACAAAAUCACAUAAAAUUCCUUUUUGGGAGCUGGCCAAGGGACUUAUUUCUAGAGGACACAAUAUAACAUUUCUAAGCGGAUUUCCAGCAGAUUUCUCUAUAAAUGGACUGCAUGAGAUAACUCCAUCUGGUCUAGUAGAAUAUAUACAUAACUACACAAACUGGGAUCUAUUGGGUGCUAGAAUGUCUGGAGAAAUGCCAAUAUCAAUUUGGGAUGGUAUUCGUUAUGCAUUUCAGUCUUGUGACGCAAUGCUUGAAGAUGCAGAAACCAAAGAGCUGAUGAAUCGUAACUUCGAUUUGGCUAUUCUGGACGGUGCUUUCCCAGAGUGUGCCCUUGGCAUGGUGCGCCACUAUAAGAUUCCAUUUAUGUACAUGAAUACGGUUGGCUUCUAUACGGGAAGUCUAUCGGUUGCAGGAAACCCAGGAUCCUACGCCAUCACUCCGAACUUCUACACAGCCUUCACCGAUAACAUGAAUCUGAUUGAAAGAGCCGUCAAUACUGCGAUGCAGAUAUCUUUUACAAUGAUGCAUAAGCUUGUCAUUGGAUUGGUGCAUAAGGUGCUGCAAGACCGUCUCGGACCGGACCAUCCACAUCCGUAUGACAUUUCAAAGAAUGUUAGUUUCAUUUUGCAGAACGGCCACACUGUGGUGUCCUACCCGCGAGCUUUGAAUCCCAAUAUCGCCGAAGUUGCAUGCAUCCACUGCAAACCGGCUCGACCACUGCCAAAGGACUUGGAGGAAUUCAUAGCAUCUGCGGGUGAAUCUGGUUUCAUUUAUGUUUCCAUGGGAUCAUCGGUGAAGGCAUCCAAUAUGCCAGAAUCACUACGUAGGCUGAUGGUUAAGACAUUCGCCCGUCUGCCUUAUCAUGUGCUAUGGAAAUGGGAAGGAAGUGCAUCGGAGAUGCAUGAUUUAACUCCAAAUGUCAAGCUAAGUCGUUGGUUGCCACAGCAAGAUAUUUUGGGACAUCGUAAGUUGCGAGCAUUUGUCACACAUGGUGGAUUGUUGAGCAUGUACGAGACGGUGUACCAUGGAGUGCCUGUGGUGACAAUGCCUGUAUUCUGUGAUCAUGAUGUCAACUCAGCCAAGGCGGAAGUUGAUGGCUAUGCUGUGAAAUUAAAUCUGGAAACUUUAACGGCCGAUAAACUUUAUAAGUCGAUAAUGAAGGUGGUACACGAUCCGGCUUACCGACAAGCUGCAAGAUUCCGUCAGAGGCUUCUUUUGGACCAAAGAAGUUCAGCUCUUGAUACAGCAGUUUAUUGGACAGAAUACGUUCUUAGAUAUAAUGGAGCUUAUCAUUUGCAAUCACCUGCUCGAAAUUUGAGCUCAAUCCAAUAUUAUCUUUUGGAUGUAUUUGCCUUGUAUUUUGCAGUCUUCGCCUUAUCAAUUUACAUCUUGAAACGCAUCCUUCGGUCAGAUGUGAUAAUAUCCUUAACAAACAAAGAAAAGAAACUUUAAGAAAA